AUGACUACUGAAGCUGUCUCUCCCACAGCCGACCUUGACGAUAUCAAGGCCGAGGUCGACCACCAUGAGGACAGCAAGGGCGAGGACGGCCCGGACGUCCCCGACGACGACCCCAGGUGGCUCACAGCCUGGAAGCUCUGGCUUUCUCUUCUUGGCAUGAUGUUUGCCCAGUUCAUGACCUCCUUGGUCGGCAACAUGUUGUCGCCGGCUUUCUCAAUUAUCGUCGGUAACUUCAACGCUGCCUCCAAGUUUGGGUGGGUAAGCAGCGCAUUCUUUAUGGCCCAGUGCCCUUGCAUGCUCCUUUAUGGGCAGAUUUUGUCCGCCUUUGAUGGCAAAAAUGUUCUUCUUUCUGCCAUCGGUUUCUUCACUAACAUCGAUGCGGUCAUUAUUGGCCGUGCCAUUGCUGGCAUUGGCGCCGCUGGCAUCUGGGUCGGCGUGCUAUCACUCAUUGCUUCUGUUGUCCCCCUGACCCGCCGUCCUUUGAUCAUGGGUCUUUUUGGUUUUGCAAACCUCGUAGCCAACGGCUGUGGACCUGUUCUUGCCGGCUAUUUUGCCGACUCGGUCACUUGGCGCCUGUGCUUUCUGUUCGCCCUGCCCCUCGCUGCCAUUACUGUCACCACUAUCUGGUUCCUAGUUCCAAAGCAGCAAAUCCUUCGCCCUUUCGCCGACCAUGCUGCAGAGCGCCUCGAUAAGCGCUGGGGACAGUUUUCCAAGUCGGACCCUAAGCGCUCCUCGGUUGGGUACCGUCUCCUCGGUGUCGACUGGAUCGGCUUCGUGCUCGUCAGCGGUGCUGUCAUUUGCCUCCAGAUAGCCAUCCAGGACGGUGGGAGUGCCUACUCAUGGACCUCGGGACACAUCCUGGCUCUCAUUAUUGGUGGUUUUGGCGGCCUUCUCGUUGUUUUCAUCGCCUGGCAAUGGCAUGAGGGAGAGGCGGCGCUGAUGCCCCUCGUGCUCUUCCGUAACCGCACUCAAUUCGGUGGUUGUCUCCUGUCCAUGUCGACCCUCUACGCCAACCUCAUCGGCGUCAUCAUGCUCCCAUACUUCUUUGAAGUGGCUCUGGGAUCAACUGCUCUCCAGGCGGGGUAUCAGAUUCUCCCUUACCUCCUGGUCACCAUUGUCUUCUCGUUCGUCGCCGGUUGGGUCACCACCAAGACCGGCCACUACUACCAGUGGCUCAUUAUCGGUCCUUGCUUCAUGAUUGUCGCCGGUGCCGUAUAUUACACCAUGCCCUCGGCGCCGACCACCGGACAACUGUACGGCUACCAGAUCCUCUUCGCUGCUGGUGUUGGCUUCACUCAACAGCAAAUCUACGUUUGUAUCCAGGCCAUAUCCAAGCAGGAGGACAUCCACCUCCGCAUCGCUGCCGUCUCGUUCGCAGAGCUUUUCGGUGGUGCCAUUGCACCGACUAUCAGUACGACCAUUCUGCGCAAUAAACUGGCCGCAAACCUCGCCACGUACGCUCCCGACGCCCCCGCGACCGUUACUUCAGACACGACUCUCAUCGGCACGCUUUCAACUGAGCUGGCUCACGCAGUCCGCCUCGCCUACAUCAAGUCUCUCCAGCCCAUCUUUAUCCAGCUUUGCGCCAUGGGUGCGAUCUCGAUCAUCGCAGCCGUCGUGCUUAUUAAGCCUGUCAACCUCAAGAAGGUUAAGAUGAUGGGCUUUGCUGGCCACUAG